UGUCUUUCCCGGCUGUUGCCGCUAGGUAGACAGAUGGCGGCGGGUCGGAGGAGUCCGACGCCAUAACCUGGGUCUCGCGCUUGGCCCUGAGGUCUCACUCAGGCGGGAUGCGCCCAAGUCCCCUGGCAGCGGAUGGCGUCGGCUCUGCGGUGCCCGGCGGCCCCUGCCUUGCGGCCUGGCCGCUCCCCGCCCAGGCUGGGGGUGACGGUAUCCCGGCCCUGCGGUGGGUCGGUCCCAGAGCCAAGGCCGCGCGGUCUCCUGUCGCCUGGAAACAGUCCUGAGCCCUCUCUGCUACUGAGCGGACGCCUCCCGGCCUAGGGGGCCCAGAAACACCUUAACACCGAGUUCCCGCCAUCACCGGCAGAGGAUAAAGCACAGUUGGGUGUGUGAUUUCCUUUCACGAGUACUCACGACUCCUGUAGCUCGAAGAAUACGUGAGUCUGACCACCCCGCUCGGUGUGCAAUCCUGUCCCCUUUUGUCUCUUCUUGGAAGCACCAGAGCUCAGCUUCCCACCCAACCUGUGGGGAUGGCUGCCCCGAAGGCUGCUGCCCUGUAUGAGAAAUGGAGCUCUCUUUUUUCCAAAGCACAAACCUCGAUAAUUGAUUUUUAGUUAACCCCAUGCCCACAGGUGCCUGGUUCCUGGGUGCCCCACUGCGCCCACGCUCCAGACAUGCACCUGCCUCACCUCCCGCCUGCAGCUUUUGCACAGCUCUGCCAGCGUCCCCUGCUUCCUUCUGCACGAUGCCCACACGCCUCCCUCUCCCUGGGGCCUGCCCUGGCUCCGAACCUCCCCUCUUUCUCUCAUGGGAAGAAUGGAGUGUGCUGUGUGCGGCACAGUAACUGUCUAUCCCGUGUGCUCCUCGCUCUCGUUGCAGCGUGAACGCAUGUGGCCUGCUCUGCUCACUCCGUAAAUGCUUGCUGAAUGGCUGUGUAAAUGUGGAAGUGUGUGGGGACCUUGGCAGGAGAGAGGGAGGAAGGGCCCUUUAGGAACAACAGUUUGAAGACGGUGUGUGAGAACAGGACUUGUUCUAGAAACCAGCAUUGCCAGCAGGAACAAGGACCAGAGGGGCUUGCUCUGCAACCUCUGACUCAAGGCAGUGUGUUUGCAUUUCUCAGUGGAGAAGAACUUUGGAAAGGCACAGAAAUGGUGACAUGUGAUUAACAUUCUCUUUUCAAACAAAAAGAAACAGAAGGGUCAGUCUGCUCAGAUCAAAUCCCAUUAAUCCUGUUUAUUGCUUUAAAAGACGUCGGUGAAGAAGUGUGGGAGGUUUCUUGUCUGUUCACAAUAGCUCUUGGCUCCAUAGGUUGUAGUUUGUGAAAGUUAUUUCUAAUCCUUCUUGCUUAGUUGAAACUAAGACAAUGGACUAUCCCAUGAUUUGAAAUCUGAGGACUCUGCCCACAUUUAAUGUGGGUUCACAGUUUAAGGAGCUGAUUUUUCGGAACACUUUGGCCUUUUUACAAUGUGCACAAAGAAUCUGUCGCUGUAACUGUCAGGGUGCCAGUGUCUCUGGGUGAAACAUUCAUGUCCCUUUUCUCUGCUUGCUGAGCAGAAAUAAAGGAUGCAGCGGGACCGUGCCUGCCAGCCACUAGGGCUGCCCACAGGAACCGCCAGGGCUGAAUCCUGAGCAGGCCAAGGGCCAUGCCGGCCAAGUGAGUGCGUGAACCGUUUGUGUGACCUUGUGAAGGAAGCUUCCAUUGUGUGGUCACGGGGGAUAGAAAAAGGCUGCUUGAAAAAGACGGACAAGACCUUUGAACAGAAAGUUGCUUGUUUCAGAAACAGGACCUGCUAGGACUGUGCACUUGGUGGCAUCCCAUUCCUAGGUGCGCUUCUUUCUUCUGAGGCACCCAUGGUGGCGCCCGGGACUUGGGGUGAGUGGAACCCAGGAGGCCCCUUUCUUUCCCAGUUGGGCUAAGACUGCUCUGGGCCAGUGGUUACACAACAGCUCGAGAAACAACCAACGCGAACGUUCCUAGGAUCCACUCAAUUCAUCUCCUCAUUGAAAUUCAGGAAGCGGUUCUGCCUCCCCUGGCUUGGGCACAGUUUUGCUGAGCUUUUGUUCCACUUGUGAAUAGUUCUCGCUGGAAGCCCCUCACCCACAUACCAGUGCUCCCAAGGCCGGAACAACAGGAGAGGUAAGCGGUGGAGGCGAAUUUGCAAUCUCUGCUUCAGUUUCCACCUGGAGCAAGCUGCGUCCACAGCGUGUUGGGGUCGCAGACGGAGCCGCUAGUGGAAGUCAGAAGGCAUUGUACGCACAGGACCAGGAUCAAUGAGGCUAAAUUUAAAGCCUAAAAUCGCCCUGAAUCCAGAACAUUGAGGGCCAUGACUCGGGAGGAGCCGUUCAGGGAGGACCUGGCCUAUGACCGGAUGCCCACGUUGGAGAGGGGUCGGCCGCACCCUGUGGGCUACACGGCAGACACGGAGCCUAGAGACCUUCAGCUGUCCAAGAGGGUGCCCCGGUGCCUCAGUGACAAGGCGGGGGUCUUCUCCGUGUUGAUGGGGAGUUGCCUUCUCGUGACCUCGGGGUUUUCGCUCUACCUGGGGAACGUGUUCCCCUCUGAGAUGGAUUACUUACGCUGCGCGGCAGGCUCUUGCGUCCCCUCAGCACUCGUGAGCUUCGCCGUCUCCAGGAAAAACAUCAACGCGAUUCCCAACUUUCAGAUACUGUUUGUUUCCACAUUCGCUGUGACUACCACGUGUUUAAUAUGGUUCGGAUGCAAACUGGUUCUGAACCCGUCAGCAAUAAACAUCAACUUCAACCUCAUCCUGCUGCUGCUGCUGGAGCUGCUCAUGGCGGCCACCGUGAUCGUCUCUGCUCGGUCUGGCGAGGAAUUCUGCAAGAAGAAGAAGGGUUCCAUCUCCAGCAGCACCCAUGUUAUGGAAGAAGUGACGUUUCCUGCCCGGGUCCUGAAAUCCUACUCGGUCGUCGAGGUGAUUGCGGGCGUCUCCGCCGUCCUCGGGGGCAUCAUCGCCCUGAACCUGGAUGACACGGUCUCAGGCCCCCACCUCUCGGUGACAUUCUUUUGGAUCUUAGUGGCUUGUUUUCCAAGUGCCAUUGCCAGUCACGUGACAGCGGAGUGUCCCAGCAGGUGUCUGGUGGAGGUGCUCAUCGCCGUGACCAGCCUCACGGCCCCGCUGUUGGCCACGGCCUCCGGGUACCUGUCGUCCAGCGUGAUGCGGGUCGUGGAGACCUUCACAGAUUACCCGCCGGCCAUAAAACAGUCCUACGACCUGCUGCUGCUGCUCCUGAUGCUGCUGCUGCUGCUGCAGGCGAGCCUCAACACGGGCACUGCCAUCCAGUGCGUGAGCUUCAAGGUCAGCGCCAGGCUGCAGGCCGCACCCUGGGACGCCCAGCCUGGCCCGCAGGAGCGCCCGGCCGCAGAGGUGGCCAGAAGCCCCGGAAAGGAGUUUGACAAGGAGAAAGCCUGGAGAGCUGUAGUGGUGCAGAUGGCCCAGUGACUACAGCACAGGGAAACUGAGUCGCAGUGCGGGCCUGGCCCCAGUGCACUGCACUGUGCCUACGCUAACUGCGCCCGGGUGCCGCCUUCUAACACGUCCGUGUCCCUCCUGUGAGGGCAGGGCACGCUGUGAGGUGGCCUUUUCUUGUCUUAGGGUAGUUUAAUUUUGAAAUAGGCAAGGGGUUGGCUCUUCUGUGCCCUGCCAGACUGGUCGGUCCCGCCCUGCUCGGUGGCCUGGGCUCCCCGGCCUGAGGAAGGGCAUGGGUCCUGCCCGCCGACAGCCUGGCUCGAGCGCAGGGUCCCGGCGCAGCUUCCCACCUCCCUCGCAGCUGGGCCGGGGCCGGGUCUCCAGGUGUCGGUAUCUGGGCAGACACAGACCCCGAGUUCUCCUACCACCCUGAGCCGGCUCCCUUCGUCGGCUCUUCCCGUGCCGGCCCCACUCUGCCAGCCCGGCCUGGGUCGCACUGGGAGAGGCCCCGCCCUGCUUUGAUGGAGCCGGCUGCUGAGCACCGUCUGCUGGGCAGGAGAGCGAGGCUGAGCACCUCUGUCCUGUGCAGGAUACGGGGCUCCCCCCAGAGCCCGGACACGCAACACGCAACUUGGACGGCCGCUGCUUUUCCCACGUGAGAGCCACCCCCAAGUUUCUGCGCUGUCUUCACAGUGAGCCCUGGUCCACGUCCCCAGGCGUGGCCACACCCAGUGCAGAGCUUCACUUGGCCACCGUCAGUCCAGUGUUCUCUGGGUGUGGCCGGGCCCGAGGCUCUGGGAACUGGCUGGACUCACUGGCCUCAGUGUCUGGGGGGGCCAAGGCUCUCCUCCCACAUUUGCUCCCCGGACUCCUCACGGGGUCAUCACUGGGCAUCUCAGCUCUCUGUCCCUCCCUCAGCAAGUGCCUCAUCCUCAUCCUCACUCACCUGAGGUGUGGCUGGGGUCAGGGGUGUUCUCUACCUCCGCUGUUUCGGGGUCUUGGGGCACUCACACGCCCUCCGCACAGCCCACGCGGUUACUGCCCACCUGCCAGGCUGCAGGGACCGUGUGGGGGUGACGUUAACAUUGGCUUCGAUUGAAAUCACGGCCAGGAGUUGCCCUGUGUGCCACCUCCUAGUGGCACAGACAGCAGUAAAGCCGCGUGAGUUGGGGGCACUUGCGAAACCAGGAGCCUUGUUAAUUGUUGAGUAAUUAUUUCAGUCACAGGCCAUACCGCAAAGCAGUUUUCUGGUAGGAGAUGAACAGCGGCGUUCAGAAAGACACGUUGCUGUGUGCUGAGUUGGGAAGCACUGACAGGUUCCCCGGGGGCCAGUGGGAUGCACUUUGUGGCCUGGGGCCUUUAGGGUCACGACCUGGUGGUCCCGGGAGGUGAGGACUGGGUGGUACCCUCCCAGGUUUCUCACUUGUGAUGGGAGUGAUGCCAGCUGCCAGGACACCCUUGAUAUGGGACAGGUGGCUCAGUAUUUUCCAUCAGAGAAGGAAGGCGGCAGACCCCUGAAAGGUGGGCCAGAAGCAAGGACAGAGCCAGGGCCACGCAAAGGCUUUGGCCACGUCCCCAAGCAGGCUGCUCCACGGAGAGGGCACUGCCCCUGCCCGCCGGCACCUCUGAGCUGGGGGGGCUGCCACUCUGCCAGCUGCGAGGCAUGGGGUGGGAGCACAGGGGUGUCGAGUGGGUGGAUGCCCUGGGGUGUGGGUGGGGGGACCAGAGAGUUCAAGUUCUACAGAAUCAGUCACCCGGGCAGUUAAUCCUGGCUUGCACUUUAGGGAGCUUAAAAAGUCCAGACAAAUGGGGUUUUAGAAAACUGUCUUUCAAUUUACAUUUUUGUCUGAUGCAGUUUAAUACCCGCUUGAACAAUAAAUGCUAACAUGAAAAUACA